AUGGACAUUGAGACCUACAAUGAUAGCAAGUCCUUGGAGACUGUACCUAUCAUGCUGGAACAAAACAGUUUGGAAGAGCUGCUCAGUAUUUCAGCAACGCAGCGCAGCAACUUGCGCACAAUCAUCAUGUGCACAUAUCACGUUUCGAGGAACCACGACGAAGACGAUGGCAUUACUGACACCAAUAACUAUAGUAACGGCGACAGUGACACUGAGUAUUUUGAUGCCGAGCGCAACGAUGUUCCCACGACCGCAAGCAUGGAUCAAGGUGCUUAUUGGAGCUGUCUGCUAGGUCAGGAAGCCUUCACCAGAGGCCUCGACGUAUCCUACUUGACUUUAGCUUUGAGAAAGCUCCCUGACUGCCAAAAGAUUUGCAUCAGCGACGCAUACUUGCCUUGGGGUUCGGCACAACUAGAAGAGAGGAUCGGAACCCAACUAUGCAAAGGAUUCGACCAGGACUCACCGUACAGCAAACGUUUUGUAACACGCGUAUUGAGGACGACAUUGAUCGUAAUCUCCAUAAGCGGCAUUCAAGUGACAGAACUCGACAUCAGUCUCGGUCUCACCGGCGGCCGAGGCAGUCACUCCAUGACUGACGAUAUCCUUCACCUUCCCAAAAACUAUCAACCAUUGAUGGACCAUGGUUUUCCCAACAUAAAAACAUUAAAGCUAGUUGUGAACACGCAGGACGACGAGUAUUGGGAUAAGAAUGUCUCUUCAUUUAUUGAACUUUUCCCAAAUUUAUCGCAUUUUCGAUUGCAUCUAGCCGAUCGUGGCAGUAGUGUCGAAUUCCCAUACCUUACCGAGGUGCUGGAAAGGUUAUCCUUACAGGUAUUUGAACUAGUCAAUUGCUCAACUACACAGGAGAACCUGAUGCCUCUGCUGCUCUGUCACCAGGCGACAGUAGAGAAGGAGGCGGCACUAGAGAAAAUCAUUCUUAGAGAUGUCAAUAUCGAACAAGGCAAGAACGGGACGUGGAAAUGGGUGAAAAACCAUCUGCGAACCGAGCUUCCAAGAUGUUCGCUAGAACUGCGACAUUGUCUAGUUGCAGGAAAAGUUCCUACGAUGCCUAUAACUGUAUGGCAUGAACUCUAA